UAUGAUACAAAUUAAGCUAGUUUCAAAUGCAACACUACCUCUAAGAAACGGUAAACAGUGGACGAGUCCUAUUUUAUUCAAUUGCACCUCCGAUGGUAAUAAUGAAUUUGAUGAUGACGAAAUUACUUGGUUAAGAAAUGGCAAAAAAAUCGAUUUUAAGAAGGAAACUGAUUAUGCCAGGGAUAAUAAAAAAGGCCAAUUUAAAAUCAAAUUUGUAAGAAUUGAUGAAGAUAGUGGAAAUUUUACAUGCCGAAUUAAAUCCGAUGAUGAGAAAAAUGAAGAUACAAUUUUAAUUGAAAGCGAACCACAAGUUAGCUUUAAGGAGGAGAGAUCAAAAAAUCUCGUCCAAGGAGAUCCUUUAAUUCUGAAAUGUCGGGUUUAUGGACGUCCGAGCCCAGAUUCAGUUACUUGGUAUAAUCCAGCAGGUGAAAUUCUAUCUAACGAAUUUAAUAGUAGGGUAGUCUUGUCUGCCAACGAAGGUAUUGAGAAUGCUACGCUUAAGAUAAAAGAUAUGGACUUUGAUGAUAAAGGAACUUACACCUGUGAAGCAACUAAUAUAUAUGGAACGCAUAAUUCAACAAUUACUGUUAGAGUGAAGGAUAAAUUGGCCGCUUUAUGGCCAUUUUUGGGCAUUUGCGGGGAAGUUUUAAUCCUCUGUACCAUAAUAUUCAUUUAUGAAAGAUCAAGAAAGAAGAAGAAUGCAAAAGAGGCUGAAGCUGUUGAUGAAGCUGCUGAUAAAUUAACAAAUUCCAACGAUCAUCAUAUUAGGCAGCGUAAAACCUAA